CGCAAUGGAGACUUACCAAAGGUCAACCUGCUGAAAUGUUGUUGUCGUUGAAAUGUUGCUGAAGUAACGUUGUCAUGCAAAAUAAAGCUUAGUGACAGAGCGCAUCGUCUUCGCCACAUUGGAAACCCCCCGGUAUCUUACGUUUUGAAGACAGAAUGUCGGAAAGCGUCACGAUGAGCCACGUCACGAACGUCCCCCGUAUGACGGACGGUCCCCGCGGCAGCGCGACGGACGUCCCGCGCUACGUGUGCGACGUGUGCGGCGAGGAGUGCACGAGCGAAGCGGACGCGCUCUCGCACGUGCAGGCCGCCCACAUCGAGUCCUCCCUCAGCUGCCCGUUCUGCGAGCUGGCAGAGGUUGCGCUCGAAGAGCUGAGCCUCCACAUCGCCCACUGCCACCCAGAGGGCGCCGCCGUCUCGAGCGCGGGCGACGCAGCGCUGCGGUGUCCUCUCUGUGGAGUGAGCGACGCGUCACCGACGCGGCUACAGCUGCACGUCAAUAGAGCGCACCUGGACGCCACGAGUCCGGGCACAUCUCGCGUCUACACUGCCCCACCAGCGGCCGCAAGAGAGGGCGCCGCCGAGGCGUCCGUGAAAGAGGGCGCCGCCGGUGCGUCAGAGAGAGAGGGCGCCGUCGUUGCGUCGGCGAGAGAGGGUGCCGCCGGUGCGUCGGCGAGAGAGCGCGCCGCCAGGGCGUCCACAAGAGAGGGCGUCGCCAAGGCGUCCUCGAGAGAGGGCGUCGCCGAGGCGUCCGCGAGAGAGGGCGCCGCUGAGGCCGAUCGUCAUCGGGCGGUGGCAGUAGCGGUGGCGUGCCCGUUCUGCGGGUUGGAGUGCGAGAACGCGGCGCAGGCGCAGGACCACAUCCACGCGCGUCACGCCGACGCCAGCGAGGAUUCGCACGCCCUGCUGACGCCUCCAAUCGCUUUCCCUCCCGAUGCCGGUGGAGACACCGACGGUGGCUCCCCCACGCUCACCCGUGCGUCGUACGAUGACCGGGAUUCUCGGAUGUCGAUCGCUGCUCGUCUCCGGCGCAAAUAUGGGUUCGCUCGCGCGACGGAAGGCGCCGACACUGCAAGCGGAGCUUCUAAGACCGCGCGCGUGUCUGCCGUCGCUUCCGCGUGCGACCAGCGGACGGGGCGCGACCGCCAGGAGGUGGCGAGACUCGUGGAUGACAGCGGCUGCGGUGGCGGGGGAGACUUUCGUGGGAGCACGAUCGCCGCGCCGCUCGUUAGCGCCGAGGACGAGCGAUGCUGCACGCGGGGUCUCGUCGAGCGACUGCACGCGCGCAUCCCCGCGCUGCUCCUCUGCUCGACCGCCACGCACUUUGCGUCAACGGCGGCCGACCGCGGCUGCGCGUGCAGCUACAGGAAUGCUCAGAUGUUGCUGUCGUCGGUCGCGCGCUGGCCCGGCGUCGCGGCGUGCGUGUUCCCCGCCGCCGCCCGCGUGCCGACCGUAGCCGAGCUCCAGCGCGAGAUCGAGGCCGGNUUCGCUGGCCUGUCUACUCGCCCCUGCCUCCG